ACCCCGACUUCGACCUUCGCUCCCCUCUUGCUGCUGGUCGUGCCGGUACUUCUGGUGACAGACAUAGCCCUGGACGCUUGCGUCCCCAGUCCGGCUGUCUGUCCGUCUACGACAACGCCAACUCGGGCCACGCUGCUGCGAAGAUGCGGUUACCCUACCUCUCUUUCGCCGUUUGUCCUGCUGGCUUCCUGCUCUUGUCAUCGGUGCCUUCACUUGUCCGCGCAGGUACGACAGCGACUACAUCACCAGAACCAGUAUGGGUUCAACCGUCCGGGGAAUGGUAUGGCAUCGACGGUACCUGGUCAAACUUCAUGUUUGCCGUGGGCUCUCCCGCCCAGAUCGUCUAUCUCACACCUGCCACUGCCCUAUCCGAGACGUGGGUUAUUGGGGCCGGCGGUUGCGCAUCAGGCCCAGGCAACCAGCCAUGUGUGGACGCUCGUGGUGGUGUCUUUGACCAUCACAUCUCGGAGACAUGGCAAACAUUGGGGGCGGGUGCUUACGAGCUGGGUAUGAACCACAUCGGUGUUCAGAGGAAUGGCGACUAUGGUUUGGAUACCGUCGCCUUCGUCGAUACAAUGGCCAGCUCUGCCACCUCCAUUGAUGGCGUACUGAUUGCUGCUGUCAAUGCUACCGAAUACUAUCAAGGCUACAUCGGACUCGGCGUGACUCAAGGCCGCAUAGGCUCUAACGUUACCUACCCUCUCAUCACCCAACUCGCCGAAGUGGAUGGCAUGAUUUCCAGUCAUAGCUACGGAUAUACGGCAGGGGCGCACUACCGCGACACUACUACAAACGGUACACAUGCCUCGUUGACCCUUGGGGGCUAUGAUACAUUGAGAUUUGUACCACAUGAUACAACCUUCAGGCUCUACAUAGGAAACUCAAACGCGGAUCCUAAUGACCGAGCGCCCACUGUACGACUUCGAGGCCUCACUGCUCAAGUCCCGUCCUUGGACAAGGCGCCUGGGAACUGGACAUCGACCUCUCAGACUUUCGUCGCCAUGAACGAUUCUAUCACCGCCAUGAUCGAUUCGUCAACGCCGUUCCUCUGGCUCCCAACCGAGAUUUGCGAACGUAUUGCCUCUGCCCUUGACCUGGUUUGGAGGGAGGACCUUGGUGUUUAUGUCUUUGCGAACGGAGGAAGUCAAUAUCUCAAGUACAAACACAUGAAAUCCACCGAAGAAUUGUCAUUCACUUUUACCGUCUCCAGCUACGAUAACAGCGACAACUUCGGUUACCCUCUCAACAUGCCAGGAGUGGUCAACAUCACCAUCCCUCCUGCAGCAUUUGCCCAGGUCCUGCGUUAUCCUUGGAAGAACGUUAUCAAGUUCAACGAGUCAAGCAUACCGUAUUUCCCCUUGACACGAUCAACAGAUGAAACAAACAACAACCAGUAUAUUAUAGGCCGAGUAUUCAUGCAGGAAGCAUACAUCAUCACCAACUACGAUAAGGCUACAUUUUCUAUCCAUCAAGCGCUGUUUCCCGACAACUCAGCCACCAAUCACUCCUUACAGGCUAUCGAAAGGCCACCGAAUAGUCCUUAUCCCGAGGGUCCCUCGGUUAAGAAGUCGACCAAAAAGCCGCUGGGUGUGGGACAAACGGUGGCAAUCGUGGUUAGUGCUUUUGCGGCUGGCAGUGUGAUCGGACUGAUUUCGUUCUUGUGUUGCCGGCGAAAAUCGAAGGCGAAGAAAAACCAGGCCCGUAAACAACUGGAUCACGGCACGGAGGAAGUUGCCCCGGUACACGACGAACCAGCACAGAGCCCGGUUAGCCGAAUGCUGUCGAUGUUUGUUGGAAGGAGGAGGUCAAGGAAGCAAUCGACGUCGCAAGAGACGGAGGUGACCAUAAGCGAACCUGUUGAGGUCGGUGCGGACGCUCAUCAUCAGGUGUUCGAACUGCCGGCCCCCCCUGAGCCGAUCGAGUUGGAUAACAAUGACAUUGGAAAUGACGACGCCAACCUCGGGCUGGAUGGUUCUCGGGACAUGAGCGAAUAUGAAGCGGCGCGGCGAAAGCUCGAGCGACAACUUCAGGGGCCGGUACCGACCUACACGCCGACAACGGAGCACAACGAGCGUGCUGCUGGAUAUCCCAACGAGAAGUCAGCACAGGAUGUAACCCCCGUUUAUUACCGCCCCAGCGAAGAACCUUCCCCCGGAUCGUCGCCUACAUACGCCAACACCGACUCCCUCCCCAACUCGCUGCCAUCGCCCUUGUCGCCAAAUGCAGACUGGGCGGCCGGUAGAGUGUUCGAUCUGCCAUCACCAAUGACCGUGGCCUCUCCCGUCCGGCUACACCAUUUCCCAACGACGACAGGUUUUGCCGAUCCAACAUCCGGCCACUCGCCAGUCUCGUUACACUCCCCCCACUCACCUCACACAUACCUUCCAUCACCAGUGAGCCCGUCAUCCGACUCCAACGGCGGUUCAGGAUCCCCUACAUCACCAACCGGAGGACCGGUCCCGCUGCCCGGCAGCGCGGCGAUACAGCGUACACCCAUCGACCCCAUCCACACCCAAAUAGUCUGUCUCGGACCGAUGCCGGCAAACGUGCGACUACCAGGAUCACACCAUCCGCAUCCGCAUCAUCGGCCAACUGUGCCACGCAUCAUCACGCCCGACGGCCGACUACAUCUAGCGGAACAAUACGACCAACUUGCAGGAAAUGCCGAUGCCGAUGUUGAUGGUCCUCUAAGACGUUCAGAUUCGGUAACCCGCGGUUCUAAUGAGACCUUGGGUUCCAACUUUACUAUGGAGGAAGAGAGUCGGUUGAGGCAGGUGCAGUUGGCUGCGCAGCGAAGUGCGGCGGCUCAGCAGCAAGCAUCAUCGCCGAUAUCACCAACAUCAUGUCAACAACAUCAACAACAACAACCACAACGACGAGGACGAGAAGCAGACGAUACCACCAGCCCCACCGACGACUUCCCCAGCAGCCCCCGAAGCAUGGAACGAAUAGAGGCUGGCUCGGAAUUAGUUCAUGUUCCGCAAGUGGCUGCGCAGCGGUAUAGUUGGGAAGCUGAGACUCGAUGAUAUCCAUCCAUCAAUCAACCUCAUUCUCAACCCACGACAGUAACAUCGUUUGUAACAUACACACACACACACACACACAUCAUACUCGCUCCGACCAACAGACAUUCUUAACGAGUUUCUUUUUACUGUACCAUCGUAUAUACAUCCGGACGGCGGAGUUUUUGGAUCAACGGGACACGGGAAACGGGACACGGGAAACGGGACAGGGGGU